AUGAACCACAAGCACCACGGUUCAAAUGUCAACGCUCCAUGCCAAAAUCUUGAUGAUUUUGAACAAGAUUUCAAACAUUAUCUCUUUUCAUCCUCUAAUUCUUCAAGUACAUCGUCAUCCAUGAGCUCUCAUCUAGAGAGUGUUUCAACGUCCCUUUCUCCUCCCACCCAUCAAUUGCCAACUGUCACUUGCCAUCCAAGCACGUCCUCAACCACGACCACCACAUUCGACUCAUGUCCAUCUGCAUGCAACCAUGACAGUUCCUCAAUGACCACCACACCAUUUACAACCACUUCCCCUCCUGUUCCAUCCUCUUUUUCUCCAAUCACUGGACGACCACUUUUUCCUCGUCUAAGACACACUGGAAAAACCAAAUGUGCCAACUGUCAAUCUGAAUCCACACCCAUGUGGAGAAAGAGAUUAAUGGGAGAAAUUUUAUGUAACAAGUGUGGAUUGUACUUGGUCAGACAUGGAAAGACAAGACCACUCGAUUUGUCAAAUUCUUCACAUUCUUCAUCACCAAGUGGAGAAGAUUCAAAAAUCAACUCAUCAAAGAAACAGAGACAAGUCAAGAAGAAAUCAAAGAAAUCCAAUAAUAGAGGACAAAAGAGAAAGAACAAUUCAUGUCAAGAAACUUGUCAUGAUGAAGAUUUAAUAACUAUCGUUUCGAAGAAGGAGAAAACACAAUCAAAAAUUCAUGAAUCGAUCGAUCAGAAUGAACUGAAUUGUAAAAAGUUGAGAACUCAUCAUUCUUUGACCUGCGCGUCAAAAAGUACAACCACAAACCUUCAUGUGAUGGAUUCAAUCGCUCCUAAUGUUUCUCCUCAUUCGCAUUGCGCAUGUGGCCAUUCAAAUGAAGAAAAAGUGCCACAUACGGAAACUUCUUCGAUGGGAAGGAUUAUUUCAGUUCUGACACAACCACCACAACCGUUGCAAGUCCUUUCAAACAGCGUCACGAUGGCGACCACAAAUGCUCAUUCGUUGUGGGGAAAUCCUAAUAAUUGUUACUCUUCUCAACUCAUUUCGCCCAUGUAUCAUCCUCAUUGUGGAAUGUUGCCUUCUCCAAAUUCGAAAAUGCUGUUCAUGAAUGAGUUGCCAAAUGUCAAUCCAAAUAGCAUCAACAACAUUGGUAGUAAUCAUUCAAUAUUUUCUGCUCCUCAUGUACUUGUUUCAAAUCCCAAUGGACCCAUGAUGGUUCAUACUCCUUUAAAUUUGAGAAAAACAGAAAUUUCAACACCAUUCGUGAAUUCUUGA